UGUCGAACGCAAAACGCUGGUGUCGCAAUUGAACGUUUUUUUGUCAGAACCCACAUUUUCGCCACCGCCAUUAUCGAUAAGCGCAGCGAUCAAAUUAACUUUUUCACACUGUUCGGUUUUUCACUUCUUCAGGAUGAAGACAUUAGGCAGUAUUGUUUAAGUAAGAACAAAACAGUGGCCUAAUAAAAACUUACUUUCACACCAAAAAUCAACAUAUACAACUGGAGUCAUCUACACCACCCGAAGCUUUCAGAUUUUGGAUUUUGAAGUCGAUCUAGCAGUAUCGUUGAGCAAAUAAAACGGAACAAGAAACAAGUUUCGGGCCUGUGUCUGGUGUGAACGCCGUGCUUGUAAGUCUAGAGCUGGUCUCUUUAAUCGUCUAACGUAGUAGUGUCCAGUGUACAGCAGUCUUUUCAGUAUUUCGUGUUCAGUUUAGGAAAAAAACGAGUAUAUAUCCAACGUAUAAGGUUGCAGUUUAAAAACAAGUAAAAGAUCAAAAAGGCCUAUGUCAUCGGUUGGAGUUUUUAAUUUUCCCGGUACCGUUACCGGGGCCAAUGGAAACAGUACUAGUAAUUCCGUUUCUCCGACUGGAGUCGUUAAGAUGAUCCCAACAACGGUUUUGAACGCUGCGUCUCCACCACAAUCUUCUGUUACUUCGGUGGUUGACACAUUGGCAGCAACUGCAGCUAUUCCGUCUUCUAUUUUGUCGGCAACCCAAAAUGGUACAGUUUCUGUAACCAACGGAGAGUCCAGCAACGACGCUCCUUUAAUUUCAAUUUCCCCAAUUCCUGAAAGUGCUGCUAUGAGUAGCACACUACCGGUAUCCGUUCCAACAUCUUCGGCAAACAGUGCGUUGUUUGCAGAUGCAUUCAAAUUGGUCGACCCUGCCCCAUUCGACGAACUCGAAACUGAGUCUAAUGUUCUGUGUGGCGGUAUAGAGAUGGCAGGCGCUACUGAUUCCGUAAAGGGUUUCCCGUUAGAAAAUGGAUCUCUAACGGAGUGUAUGGAACAGGAUUGUUCUCUUUGCCAGAACAAAUAUGUUUCGCCUCGUGUGCUGGCCUGUCUGCAUAUUUUCUGCGAGAUGUGUCUCGAUUCGUUGCUGGCAGAGGAUGAAACGAAGCGACUGGAUGGUAUUAUCGAAUGUCCGACAUGCAAGCAACCGACAAAACUUGGACCCAGAGGUAUAAGUGCUUUGCAUCAGGACUACAUUUUGACCAAUGUUCUCGAUUUGUCUACUAUCGAACCAUCCAUGUUGGCCUGUACUUCUUGCAAGAGCAAAGAAAUGGCUAUUUCACGUUGUAACGAUUGCGCUAAUUUCUUGUGUGCCAGUUGUGAUAACGCUCAUCGCUAUAUGCGCUGCUUUGAGGACCACAAGGUCGUACAGUUGGAGGAUUUACGAAAAUCGUCGGAAAAGGUUGCCAUUCAUAAGCCCUUGUAUUGUUCUGCUCAUCCACCAGAAAAUUUGAAGUACUUCUGUUUCAACUGUCAAAUCCCGGUGUGCAACGAAUGCUUGAUUGGAGAGCACAAGGGAAAAGAGCAUAAUUACCAAAUUAUUAGCGAAGCAGAGAAACCAAUGCGCCUGGAAUUGGAAAAUUUGAUGAAGGAGGCAAAAACUAAGAUAGAUUGCUGCAAUCAAACCACAGCCAAUCUCGAUGCUUCGCUACAUGAUUUACAAAACCAAUUUGAAACGGCCAGAGAUUUGAUUAAUGAGUCGUUCCAAAGCUUCAAAGCCGUAUUGGAGAAGUGUCGCGACAAUGCAUUAAAGAAUCUCGAAAAGUUGCACUCUGAACGCGAACUGAAGAUUAUGGAAAUGUUUCAUAGUGUAGAGAAAGCGACGGAAAAAAUCGAAAAUACUGCCAAGUUUACAAAAAAAGUUUUGGAUCAGGCAAACGGCCCUGAAUUACUGAGUCUGAAGAAAAUGAUUUCCACUCAAUUAAGCUGUCUGAUUGGAUCAACACCCAAAGUGGAUGUUAAUGUUUCCCUUGAGUUUCAAACAAGCUUUGAAAAGUUUGAACAAAUUGCUUCUGAAUUGUUCGGAUCAUUCCACACUGAAACAGUUCUUCAAAGCCCCAAAGAGACAACACCGCCACCUUCACUCCCAGGAAUGGCCAUUAUUAUCAAUAAACCUCCUGGCAACACCAAUGGGAGCUGUGGAUUAUCGCAAGGUCCGUUGACAGGAUCAGUCACUGCUAGCAGCCCAAUAUCGUUACCCACAUCGAUGCAAUCAUCCUUCGAUGGCGACAUGAGCAACUACAUGCUACCACAUGUUCUCACCCCGGAACCACCGGCAUCGACCCCAAUUGCAAGCAACUCGAUGGCUGCAGCGCCAGCAACCGUAGGUGGAUCCGCCACUCUACCAGGGUUAACAAGUAUUGCCGAAUACAAUUUGCAUCGCUUGGCCAAUUUGGCUGAAACGUCGAAUGAUAUGCCGGAUGCUAUAGUACCGGUUAAUAGCAAUACGACUACUAACUUCACGUUGGCCGAUUUGAUUUCAGGCGAUCAGAACGCAUUCCAGGCUCUUGCAAAAUAUGGACUAAAUAACACAGAUCUUCAGAACGGCCCAAUAAUGCAAACGCACCCAAACAUGCAUAAUUUAUCCUUCAACGAUUUUUCGGGAUUGCCAGGAGCAGCAACACCGAUGCUACCCACAUCAAUGAUUCCAAUGGAUUCGUCACUGGGUGAAGACAUGGCUGCGAUGAGCCGGUUUCAAGUCAAUGGACGCACGAAAGCUACUCCAAUGCAGAUUCGGUGUAAAUUUGGUUCACUCGGACAAACGAAGGGACAGUUCAACUCGCCACAUGGUUUCUGUCUCGGAGUUGAUGAAGAAAUCGUCGUUGCUGAUACCAAUAAUCAUCGCAUUGAGAUAUUCGAAAAGAAUGGCACCUUCAAAUUUUCCUUCGGUGUUCCCGGAAAAGAAGAAGGUCAAUUGUUUUAUCCUCGCAAGGUGGCUGUGAUGCGUUCAAGCGCUAAAUUUGUCGUGUGUGAUCGUGGCAAUGAACGUUCUCGUAUGCAAAUCUUUUCUAAAAAUGGACAUUUUAUUAAAAAGAUUGCAAUUCGCUACAUUGAUAUUGUUGCCGGACUAGCGGUCACAAACAAAGGACUGAUUGUGGCCGUCGAUAGUGUUUCACCCACGGUGUUUAUCAUUUCGGAGGAUGGUAACCUCAUCCACUGGUUUGAUUGCUCAGAUUUUAUGAGAGAACCAUCGGAUAUCGCAAUAAAUGGAUCGGAUUUCUAUGUUUGCGAUUUUAAGGGGCAUUGUGUAGCAGUUUUUUCGGAGGAAGGCACCUUUAAGUAUCGUAUCGGCAGUGAGAAAGUAACCUGCUUUCCGAAUGGCAUAGACAUAUCAGACGCUGGCGAUGUUUUAAUUGGUGAUUCGCACGGAAAUCGCUUCCAUGUGGCUUGCUACUCCAAAGAUGGACAGUUGCAGUCAGAAUAUGAAUGUCCAUAUGUUAAGGUUUCUCGUUGCUGCGGUCUGAAAAUUACUUCUGAAGGAUAUGUUGUAACACUGGCGAAGAACAACCAUCACGUUCUCGUACUGAACACUCUGUACAUUCAGUGAUUGACAGCUGGAGCUAGAAUUUUAAAACCGAAUCGUUGAACAGCAACAAGGUAAGUGCGUUGCUCUUAUUCGGUUCAAUCCAGGCUGGUAGCAGAUUUUCGUGAGUAACAAACUAUCCUGUUCAUCACAACAUUGCUGUGUAACGGGAAGAAAAAAACUAAAAUAGCUAAAAGCUAUGAUCGUGAAUUUUUGUACGCUUCAAAACAUAACUGUCAAGUCAUCAAGGCAACAAAGCUGGGUUCAUCGCAACUGUGCACGUCUGGGUUAACGCAAAAACGAUACACCACUGACGUUUAAAACUACGCUAUAGUUGCAGUGCUUAGUUUGAAUCCGAGUAACAACAAUUAUUCGAAAAGUCUCUUAAAGAGAGAAAAAACAAAUGAUAUUAUGUUGUUUUACCCAUAUUAUUACUAUUUUAAUUUUUCUUUUUAUUGCACUAUUUACAAUUUUAUUCGUAACAUACUAUUUUAAACAAUAUUUAUUAUCCAAAACUGAGAAAAAUGAAUGAUCUCCUUUUUACAUCAACGAUCGCAGGAUAAUGAUUUAUUUUAAUGUACAUGCAAAAGUAGCAAAACAAGAACCAUACUUUUAAAGAUAGAAGGAAGCAAUGAUACAAACAAUUACCUAAAAAUGCGAGAUUGAUCGAGGGAAGAAGAAGUAACAGGUGCGUGCGACAAGAGAACCCCGUAGAGUGAGUUUUGUUUUACUUUGUUGGUGAGGCGCGAGUAUUUAUAGGGAAUAAACUGAUUGAGAUCAGGUCGAAAUUUAAACAAACUUAACAUCUUCGAAUCCUUUAAAUGUAUAAAUAUUUUUAAUAAUUAUACACAAUUACGGUUACAUUUCAUUCAUAAGCAUAUAUUCUUCGCAGAGAAACAAAAACAAACAAAAAAAAACGAAGUAUCGGUAAGAGAAAACAGAUUUAUACAAGAAAACAUGUUUUUCGUAUAGGCUGUAUACAUUUAUACACUUUAGAAUUGCCAUAUUUUUGCAAUAUCCUUUUUUCGUUAUUUAUCACUUUAAGUCAGGAGAUACGUUUGUUAUAGUUUUAUUAGUACCUAUGUUUAGUAUGGCUAGGCCUGUUUUUUAAACCGCUAUUCGCUUUGCGAAUCCGGAAAGCUCUGGUUUAUUUGAUAGGUUAUUACUUGAAAAAACAAAAUUCGAAUCGCGUCUCUAUUUGUUAGUGUUAAGUUCUGUUGUUUUUUGUUUUGAAAUUCCAAGAGAUAUGAAAUAUGUCAUUUUACUAAACCAGAAAACAUAAAGAAUAAUACCAGCCUGCGUUUUAAACAGUAUUGUAAACCUUAUUAUUUUAUAUACAUUUUUUUCGGAUCAAAUUCAUUUGAUGAAGACAGAAAAUAUUCAUAGAAACCAUUUCUUAUUGUCGCUGAGUCUUCUUUGAAUAGAUGAUGCAUAAUUUGGCUCAUUGUUUAUUUUAGAAUUUUUUACAAUCACGUUUGGCGUUUAUGCAAAGUUUCGAUAGAGGAUACAUAUUCUGUCCUUGUAAACGCAAACGUGCAGGUAACAGUUCAAUACCGUUUUGUUUUAUUUAUUUAUUUUUAGUGGAAUUAUCGCUUCAAUUCAAUCCCGCAAACGGUACUUGGCUUUUUAAUGAAGUUGUGUUAAUUUAGAAAUCAAACACUCAAAUCGGAGUGUUCUUUUAAUUCAAAUCAACUAAAAAAUAUAAGGACACACUAAAUUCCAUUCACCCCAAAAUAUUUGCUGUUGUGGCAAAAUCUAAACGUUAUUUGAACUGUAAUAAUUGCAAAGCAGUGACAAUUUUCUUGAAUACGAAGUUUCCGUUUUAUAUCUCCAGUAUUCUGCACUUCUGUCGGGAGCAAUCUUACUUUAAUUGUUAUUCUGUUUGGUGUAAGACAUGUUUGAUCAAAAAUUAGAAUAGCAAUUUUGAUCACCUUGCUUCCAACUUCAAUGUAGAGCAGGGUUGCUUGUUUUAUUUUUUGUGCAGUGGAACCUUAUCUUUUUUUUUGUUUAUACUAAGUAAUUGUACUCUGGAAGAGACAACUCUAGUUACAUAAAUUCUGGUUAUCUAAUCAUUAGUUUAGUUCAAUAUAUCUCUGCUAUUGUUAGGUUGUCAAAUCAUAUUGAAAUAUACGGUUCCCUAAGUAUAUGUAAGCAAUAUAUUUUCUUAUUAGCUUUUUUAAAUGAUUGGACUGGCCACAUAAGACACUGAAGAAGGCAGUACCUCUAAAAAUCCAUAUCUUUACACUUAUGUUUUAUGUAUAAAAGUAAAAUUCAAUGAAAUAAGUAUUCUUGAAAUUCAUUUGUAAAUUUCUGACGCUCAAAAUAUUCUGUAUUCAGCAAACAGCCAUGUUUGUGCAAAGGGAUAGAGAGAAUCCAGGUUGGGUUUUUUAACCAAUCUGCAUACGUUUAGUCAAUCAUAUCGAGUGAAAACAUCGUAUUAAUAAUAUGUGUUAACUUUUGCAGUUCAUAUUACUAAUGCAAUAUUAUGAUGCCAUAUUUUACUGAUAAUCCUAAUAAGUUUAAAUUAGUAUUGUAGUUUUUUCUAUCCCCAUACUGAGAGUAGGUACUUUGUUGUUCCUAUCUUACUGUGUUACUGUCAUCUUUUUUUCAUAUUCAUUCAACUAUGAUAUACUGUAAAUGAUGAAACGGAAGUUCUUGAUCUUUUUGUAAUGAUCACAUUGAUGUCACGUUAAAGCUUCACAAUCAGCUUUUUUCCAAUUCACUGUAUAAUUCCUGGUAUAACAUGACAAGUAUGGAAUAGGUCUAGUGGUUGCCAAUCAAAUUUCAAUUGUCGUUUUGUAAAUUUCAAAGAUAAUCCAAUAUCAAAAAGUAUUGGCAAAAAAUUCUUUUUUUUUUUAAAUUUAGCAAAACAUAUAGUAAAUUUUGCUUUUGUGUUGAAUGAACGGUGUCUCCGAAACGCGUUAUUUUAUUGUUCUUUCUAUUAUUUAGAGUCGCUGCUUUGACGAGAACAGUGUGGAGAACAUAUUUAGAUGACGCAGCUAAUUUUAAUUUUUCAUUGUAAUAUUAUAACCUUUCUCUCUUUCUUUUGGCACAUUAGUUCCCACAUUAUCACUAUAAGUUAAACGCCUAAUAGAAAACUCGAUUAUUGCAUUUACACCCUAAACCGAACGCCAAUGAAAUGUAUGAAUAUUAGAAACACCUACAUACAAAAUAGAAUCAACAAAAAAAAAAAAAGACAAACGCUAACAAGUUUCAUACGGAGCGAAAUUUAUUAGUUGAAACAACCCAAAGUAAUUGUGUAUUCAGAACGAUAUUUUGCCUUAUAUUUUACCUUUUUACAUCGCUAGUUUUAUAAAUUGUACAUAGAUAAAGUAAAGGUAGGUGUUUUACACUAUUCCUUUUUAAUAAUAAAUCAGGCUAGCAGAUACAAAUGGAUGGUCGAGCUAUUUUCUCCAGCAUAGAAUAGAAUUUAUUACUGAAUUUAUUUUUUACGACUAAGAUGAGUAAAAUGAAAUAAUUGAUUUUGUAUGACAGAAGAUUCUCGCAAAUGAAUGUACAGCAACAAAUAGUCGUUUCAGGAACUUUAACAAUAUUACUGAGUGUAAAAAAAUAAAAUCUGCAAAAUAGUGUCUACCUACGUAUCAAGUUCACCUCGUUGUGCCAUGCGAACUUGGUACAUCACAAUCCUGCGGUUACACGAGGUUGACAGGGGCUCUUAUAUUAUUUGAAAAUGAUCAAUCGGUAACUAAUUUAUGGCGUGAGGCCAGUUCAAAACAUUUUUCCCCGUUUAUACAUAUUUUGGUAAAUAUAAACGAUUAUCGUGAAAAUGGACAUAGGCAAGUUUCGACGCAGUAUUAGAUUUGUCGGAUUUUAUCACAACGAAAAAACAGUAAUUUUUUCGUUUCAGGUUUGAAACGAAUUCAGAAAAUCACUCCACAAAUUUUUGGCUUUUUGGUUUGAAAGUAAUGUAAAACCAUCAGCCUUCAGCGAAAAACUUCAGCAAAUUUUCUAUUAAAAAAACCGAUUACCAAUUGAAAAAACGGUUAACACUAGGCUGUUCCAAAAAAAAACAUCGAUGUUGAAAAAGUCGAGGUGCUAAACCCUAAAUUGAAAGAUAAUGUUAUUCAUAGUAUUUUUGUAGAGCAUUAAGACUUUCUAAAAAACUGUUUUCAGAUUGCCCAAAUGUACUGUAUGAAAAAAAAACUUUUUUUCAUUUGUUUUUGUAGCUCUUUUGCACUUUUUGCAAUUCUUUUCAAUUUUCACAUUUUUCCAUACAUUUUUUUUAUUUUAGUAUGUUUAUUUUUGAAUAUUUUACAUGGUUUAAUUAAGCAUCGCAUCUAAUCGGGGGGCUAAGAUAUUGGCAUUUUUACAUGUGACGAAAAACUAAGCAUUUUUACAAAAAUGCCACUGCUCAAUAUCUUCAUUACACAGUGUUUUAUUUUGUCGUUUUUCUGUGAUCAAUUAAAUAUUGAUUCAAAGGUUGAUUAUAGCCGAUUUGUAUACCCCAUAGGUACUCGGCAGAUUACCCGGAUACCCACUAAAUGAAAUGCUUCUUGCUCUUUCAUUUCUUGACCGAUUUUCGAUCUUGGCCUGCCAAAACAUUGGAAACUCUGUCUUAUGUUAAGGAUAAACCUAUGAUCACAUCUGGCUCCUGUAAAUGCGGAUUUACGGGAGCAUGUUCCGGUAAGACAAAUUAGUACAGUUGUCAAUAAACCCGAACAACAUUGGACAUCGCUCCAGGAAUCGAUUUACAUCUAUUUCGAGUCCAUCUGAUGAGUUGUCCUCGAAACGGCCGUACCAAAGCAGAUUCCCGUGGAGCCCUAUAUUGCCACCAACAUAACUUCAAAAAUAGGAAUUCAAACAAAAAGUUCAAAAGUUUUUUAUGAAUGCUAUAACUCGAGUUUUUCUCAUAAUACCUCCACGUAAAAGGUGUUUUCGGGUGCAAUUUUCUCAGCAACACAAUGCAAUUCUCGAAAUGGAAAUUAAAAUGUACUUAUUGGCCAAAAAAUGCAAUUUAAUUUUUCAACUGUAAAAAUAAUAUAUCUGGAAACACUGCUGGUCAAAAUUGUAUUUCAAAAAUUUCUUGAAAAUUUUUCUUCAAAUUGCAUUAUUCAGAAUGUGCAUAAAGAAUCAAGUCGAGUUUUGCUCAUAAUACCUCUGAGUGAUAAGUGUUUUUUAUGUAAAAUUUUCUCGGGAACACGAUGGAAUUGUUUAAUUUAAAAUCAAAAUAUACUCAUUUGGCGAAAAAUGCAAUUUCAUUUUUCAAAUGCAAAACAAUACAUCUGGCAACGCUGCCGCUCAAAAUUGAUAGUUUUUUUUUUUUUGAAUCCUCAACUAAUUUUCAUCAAAAUCCAUGCAACAAUUGAUUUCUAGACAUCAUGCUUUUGAAGUUAAAAUUGAAAGAAAAUAAGAUUUUUCGACGACUUUCCACGGGGUGAGGGGUGGACCGAUCGGCACCAAAAUUGGGAUUUUUGCAUAAUGACCUUAAAUCAACCAAAUCUGAGGUCGGUAACACGUUUGUCUCUUUUUUUUUUGCACACCUUGAGAUGGAUUGACCAUUUGUUUUCAAACAUUGUUAUUUUUUAUCUUCCAUAGUUUUCCAUCACAUAUAAAAUGCUAAUAUCUCAGCCUCACGAUAAGAUACAAAGGAUCUUUUGUCAUGUAAAUUUUCGUUAUAAAUCCCGAUUAACGAUGAAAUUUCAGAUCUUGUCCAUUUUUUUUUCAUGGUUUCAUCUAAAAAAUUGUGGACAAAAUUGUCCUAUUUGCGAUACUUCAUGGACUCUGUGAGUCAAAUAACUGAAUGAAUACCUUGCAAAAUGUUCAAAAAUAACCUCAUAAAAAUAAAAACAUAUAAGGAAAAAAUGUUUAAAACGAAUAGAAUUGCGAUAAAAAACAAAAAGUUUUUUUUAGCUUGAAAAAGUCAUUUUUUCUCAUAAAUCACGUUUGGGCAACCAGUAAAUAUUUUUAGAAAGUCGAAAUGUUUUACAAAACUACUAUAAAUAACAAUAUUUUUCACCUUGACCCUUGCAACAUCGAUUUUUUUGGGACUCCCUAAUGAACAUGCAAAAUACAAUAGGGGCAAAUGAUACGAAUGUAUAAAUCGGUAACGCCGCAGGUUUUAUUUUGGAAAUUAUUAUUUGAACUAAAAUUGUCUGUUUUUUAUGUUCUGGUUACUGAAUCAAUUUCAAGAUAUUACAAUAAAAAACAGUGAAGUUUCAAUAGAAAGACUUGGGUGCACACCCUAAGAAUUGCUUGACGCUUAAUAUAGAAAAACCAGAUUUUAUUCACCUAACGGUAAAAACAUGAAACCCAUAUUUCAGGUCCACUGAUUCAUUUUAUGCACAAUUUUACACCGAUGAGCUAUCACAUUGUCCAUUGGACAAGUUUUUUAUUCAUCAUUUAUAAUAAACAUGUUUUUAAUUUUACAGUGCCAAAUCAUGUUGUAUGAAAGUGUUUACAAUUUCACUCCGUAUUAAAGAAUCUAUUUUUCUAUUUGAUCAAAAACUUGUUCGAUUGUGUUCAGCUGUGCUACAAAAACAUCUUGAAUCAUGCAAAUCGGUUCAGCCAUCUUUGAGACACUGGAGCGGUUUUGUGUUGAAAAGUUUGUCAUUUUUUUUGUUAAGUUCGACGAUUAGAGUAUAUAAUAUUAAAAAAAUGCUUCAGUGGUCAUUUUGGGUUUGACAUUUUUGUAAUGCUAAAUUAAAAUCUGAGGAUGUGAAAACAUUUGCCAGUGCAGCUUUUUAUUCUUCGCUGUUUUUAGAAUUCUAUCACGUAAGUUGAGAAUCAUUCUGUUUUUUUUGGGGUACUACUGAAUUUUACUUCAUUUUUUUUCUUCUGUUUUAGUUUUUUCAUCAGUAGCCCCUAAAAAUAAAUUGUAGAGGAUUUCUUUCCAUUGCAAAGUUUAGAAAAAAAAACAGAUAGGCUGAGUUAAGUAUCUUUUACCACAAUAAUAAAUGUAUUGUUUAUGUGACAUUUAUUUUGCUUAUUAAAACAUGAACAACAACAAAAAACGAAAAAAACAGUGCCAUGUUCAAUCGCAUACAUAUUUUCGAUCAAAGAUUUUGUUCUUUUGAAAACAAACUAUGAAACAUGUCUAUACCAAAUCACGAGAGCAAACUCAUAGUAGAGUGAAGUGUAAUGUUGAAAAUAUCAAAACAAAAUGCGACAACCAAGUCCGGACUUGAUUCGAUAGCGAUAGUAUUGUUAAUUUGUUUAUUGAGUUGAAGUUUUUUUAUAUACACGAAAUACAAAUUUUUAUUAUCUCGAUAAGCAAUCAUGUUUGGCUGUAGUGUUCCUUAAUUGAUAUAGUCUCAUUAUUUAGGAGUUUUUUGAGGAAAGCAUAGUGUAGUAAGUUCCAAAACUAGUAUUUACAUUUACAAAGAAGUGCGAAAGUGUAACGUGGCGUGGUAGAAUGUUUGUAGCAUGUAGAUGGCUAGAAAUGGGAAGGUGUUCUUCGUAGAUAGGUUUCAUUGUUCGCAUUUUAUUUUAUUUUAGUGGUGAAAAUAAUAUGUAUGUAUAGUAUUUCAUUAUAUUGUGGAAAUUGGAAUUAGUCGAUAGAAUCUAAGUAACAACUUUACUGUCCGAACGGUUUUGAGAGUGUCUUGUCGGAUUGUUGAACAAAGGUGGAAUCACAAAAAAAGUAUCAUGUAUCAUGUUAAUCUAAAUCACAAUCAAAAUCUUACCUUGAAAGUAAGUAUUUGAUGUGCUGUGAAACAAUGAAAUUAUAUUUUAAUUGAUUAGUUUUAUUAUUUUAAAUAAAUCAUAAGUCAAUUAUUGCAAAAUAAAAAUGGGCUUGCACUAAUGAAAAGUAAAAAAAAAUAAAAAUGACCUAUAUUAAUGUAAAAUGGCUGUUUUCCAUUUUACUGGCUAAGGAUUUAGUUAUUGAUCGUGAAUUCAAAGUUAUAUUUUCUACAAUUUACCAGGAAAGUAAGAAAAUAAAUGCUCACUUAUAUACCUUUUUAUACAAAGCAAGGUGAAGCCAAUGCGAACAUUUGUUUGCAUAAACCUAAUACAAAUGAUACUGUUCUCAAAAUUUACCUUUAUUUACCAUUAUUUUAUUUAAUUUUUGUAUAUUUUUGUUCGCUUAUAGAAUACAUUUCUAAAAAAAGUAAUUUCAAUGCAUUUAUCAAAAUCAUUCAUUUGAUGCAUGUUUCACAAGUCAAAAAAAUCAACUAUUUGCUGUGCACUUUAAGUGUCGAAUAUUUCUCUCUUGAAAUAUAUUAAACGAAGAAUUACGGUCAUGCUUAUUCAAUAUUCCUUACUAUAUUGAACAUAUUGUAGAACAGACAUGUACAAAGAUAUAUUUAUAUAACAAAGGUAGACAAAAUAUUUAAACAGAAAUGGAACAAUUUAUAUCCCAGUCGUUAUUUAUUAUUUAUUACAACAUGAAUUGAAUCACACAAAUUACAAUAAAAUACCUUUUUCUCGUGCGACGAAUAAACUAUUGAUAAACACAAGACAACUAUUUACAUAAUAUUAUAAAUUGCUACUAAAUAUCUAGUGAUGAUAAUUAUGCGAAAACACUGUGAAACUUAUUUUUCGCAGCAUCAGACUCACAAUGAAGCAUCGAUAAACUAUGCGUCAACAAAAAACUUAUAUUUACAAAAAUUGGGAUAUCUAAAACCAAAUAAUACUACCGAGAGCACAUGCAAUUUUGAUCUACAGUACCAAUAUCUGCAAAUUAUGUAUUCUCAAUCCAAGCAAUUCAGCACGUUUUGUCUACCUAUUGUAACAAUCUUCAACCGCAGCGUCUGUCAGUUUUAAAAUCUAGGUUAAAUUCAAGUUCUUUAGGUUUUUGUAUAAAUUAACCGGUAAAAAUUUUCGCAUUCAAGUAACAGAAAAAUUUAGACCGUAAAGCAACAUGUUUAAAAACACGUCAAUACUUUUGGCAAAGUCACCAGUAGAGUUUAUACAAUUUUCCUGUACUCUGAUAGCAACGAUAUUUACGAAUACCUUCAAAAGUUUGUUAUUUCUCAUUCCAUCCAAGUAAAAUACACGGGAAAAGGAAAAGAACAGCUACUAAGGUAAACCCAGAAUAAUGUAUACAUACAUAAAAAAAGCACCAACAAAAAUACCUAGAGAAAAGGAUGCGAGUCGACCAGCAAAGAAAUUAUGCAACUUGAUCAUAGGAUGAGAAAGAUAUCUGUAAAACAUGUUCCCGCCUUAUUUUUUAUACACAAGUGAUGAUAUAUUUACUACUUUUACACUUUUGUCAACAAGUAACAUUUUUAUAGUAGUUUAAUGCGUUUUAUUAGAAGUUUAACUUUUUUCAUAGUACUGGAGUGCCUAUUGCACAUUUUUUAACGAUUGUUUUUUUUUUUUUGCUUUUUUACCUUUUAAAUUAUACACACAUGUACAUUGAACGAGAAUAGAAGUAUACACUCAUUUAAGCGAAUAAAGUUUACAUUUUAUUUACCGUCUUUUAUUGUUUUUUUUUGUUUUGUUUUUUAUUUUAUUUUUUCAUUCCUAAAUCCUUCUGCUGUCAACUUGUGUUAUAAUAUGUUCGGUUUCCUUUCUUUGAAAUGUCUUACAUUGUUUAUUGUUCGUUAAGUAAAACAUGCGUGAACAUCUUAUAUUCUAGUAGAAGCAUUUUAGUAUUCUCUUCGAGAAUAGUUUCGAUAGUGGAAUAAAAAUUGAUCUUUUGAUAAAAAAGUCAGUAUGAUCCUCCAGAAGAUCGAAUCAUAAACAUCACCAAUAAUUCAAAAGCGGUCUAGAAAAAGGCAGGAAACAGAAGUGUUGCUGGUAACGCUAGCAACUAAUCUGUGUAUCAUUAUUUCAAUAAUUUACAGUGUUGUGUUUGCACAAGCUCGACCUUGUUUUCUCUACCGAGGACCUGCUAAACUAGCAGUUUGGUUGAGUUACAGCGUAUUGAGCUUCAGUUCAGCCAAAAUUCGUUUAGAUUCAAGAAAAUCUCUUAAUUAAAAACUAAAAUUCAUAGCGCAAACUAUGAUAAGGGUACUUUAGUACGAUUCAUUGGUUCAAAAUAUUUUUGUAGUGACUGUGCUACCAGUAACGGAAUUAACCAAAUUAACUGCAAGUUUGCACAGUUAUUUUUUUGGUAAAGAUGUCUUUUUAUGCUAUUUGCAUAUUUUUUUUAUCGGCAAAGGAGCAUUAGUACUUAAAAUAUAUAUUAAGCAAAUGAUGCGUUUAAUGAAGACGAUGUUUUCGAAAAAGUUGUGGAUAUUGAAACGGCAGUUCCGUGUUUAUUUUUUUCCUUCAAAAUAGCAAUUAAAAAAUUGUUAUAAAAAUCAGUAACUAAAACAGUUAUUUCUUACUUUCUACACAAAACUUUUGAUAUCAUCUGGUGAUUUGGUGAUGGUAGCCUUUCUCCCCUGGUCUCCAGAAACGACGCAGCUAUCGUCUAGGAAUCGUAUAUAUACUAAGAGCAAGUCCACCAGUGGCUUAAUUGAAGUUUCUAAAGCUAAUUUGGCAACUCUCAACCAUAACGCGACUAUCGCAACGGGCCACAGUGGGAUCAAACUGAAAAAGGACGGACAAAAGUCUUUUUCGACGUUUCAGCAUAUAGGUGUCUUCAGAGAAGUUUUCUAAUGUGCGAUUUUGAAAAUUUUAAGAUAUUCGUUGAAAAUGUUAUUAAGGGGGUAUUCAGUCAAAAUAAAAGCAACAACAUCUAGUUGCAAGAUAUCAAAGUUAGGUCUUCGGCAAAGUUGUAGAACUAUAAAAUUUAUUAAUUUUUCUCGAAGACACUAAGUGUAUAUAUUGUAAAACCAUUGAGCUAUAUUUAAAUUUCUGUCAACACCCCCUUUAAAUCAAUUCAUUGAGUUUCUUGGGUUUGAAUCGCAUUUAAUCGAGUUGGCAUAUUCUACAAAGUUGUUGAUAUCAUCUAGAUAAACAACUUUCCUUAAGACUUCAAUAUCCUAUAUCGAAUGGUUAGCUCAGAAAAUAGAUUUUGAGCCGAAAUUUUAUUCAUUUUUCAAUUAAUAUGUCUCAAUGAGUGGCACUUUGUGGCAGCCGAAAUUAGCAUCUUUUAUUCAAAUUAGAUUAGUUUAGAAAGGCUUACACAUCCACAAAGUUUCAUGGAAUUCUGAGAGAUUGCUGCCAACAUCUGGUUGAGUUAGUGUGAAAUCCGUAUACAAGGUCUACAGAAAUGUGAUUGGUAUGAUCGAAAAGAUUGCUGGGAAAACCAUAAUACUCGAUCAUACCCGGCCAUGAUUUUUCGUACACUUAUAGUGUAUACAACGACUGAAUUAAAGAUGCUAAUUUUGGCUGCCACAAAGUGCCACUCAUUGAGAUAUAUUAAUUGAAAAAUUAGUAAAAUUUAGGCUCAAAACUAAUUUUCUGAGCAAACCAUUCGAUAUACGAUACUGAAAUCUUGAGAAAAGUUGUGUAUCUUGAUAAUAUCAACAACUUUGUAGAAUAUGUCAACUCGAUUAAAUGUGAUUCAAACCCAAGAAAUUCAAUAAAUUGAUAUUAAGGGGGUGUUGACAGAAAUUUAACUAUAUCUCAAUGGUCUUACAAUUUAAACACUCAGUGUCUUCGAGAAAAAUUCAUAAAUUUUAUAGUUUUACAACUUUGCCGAAGACCUAAAUUUGAUAUCUUGCAAAUAGAUGUUGUUGCUUUUAUUUUGACUAGGGGUGGGCGAAACGGCUCUUUUGCAAGAGCGGCUCUGAACCGCUCACUCACGGUUCUGAACCGACUCAUAUAAACGGCUCAUGGUUCACAAUGAUUCACGAGCGUUGGCAGUUCGUGUUGUCUCGGAAAACUUCGGGAUCGCGCAAACCAAACAGUUUUGGUGCGCUCAAAGAACCGUGGUUCUUUUCGUGAGCCGUUCAUUCUUUCGCUCUUUUUUAAGAACAGGUUCAUAUGAACGGCUCGUGAGCCGUUCGCCCAUUCCUAAUUUUGACUGAAUACCCCCUUAAUAACAUUUUCAACGAACAUUUGAAAAUAUUCAGAAUCGCAUAUUAGAAAACUUCUCUCCUAUAUGCUAAAACGUCGAAAAAGACUCUUGUUCGUCUUUUUACAGUUUGGUCCCACUGUGCGGGCGUUGCUAUGUUGGUUGGGGAAAUAACAAUUCAGCAGCGAAUCGUUGCUAUUUGUUGAAAUGUCAAAGUGUUUUUUUGUUGUUUCCGAUAGUGAAUGUUCGUAAUAAUAUUACGGAAAUAAUAAGUGUUUCGAAAUGCUGACAAGAUUGGUCGGCCCUGGAAGCGCUUAGGUCGUAAGACGCCAGUGUCAGUGUGAACCAGCGAGCGCAAACCCUAUUAACUGGAUUUACGAGAGCUUUGUCGUAAUUUCUAUGGAACGAAAGAAAAGAACAAUUCUUAGGAUUUCAAAAGAUCAAACUUCAAUCGCUUUGCGCCGCCCCGUUUUAAGUCCGAUUAAACUGAAAUUUUGCACAGGGUGUUUUUUCGGACAGGCAAAAUAUUUUAUAUCGUUUUUUUUUUAUUUUUUCAAAUUCGAGGUGACCAUUUUGGUUGGCACCCUAACCUAUACGAAGCAGAACGCUAAAGCCCUCAUCCGAAUGGCCAACCAUGUCAUUAUUUCAAUAUCCCUGCAUGGUCUGAACAAAUCUGCUCGGAAGCAUUACCGACUAUUGCUGCUGACACUUUUAAAGGCAUGUUAGCCCCAAUUUUUUCCGUUACGUCCGGUCUUUGAGUGAAGAAAUAUUAUCCUCUACCGUUGUUUCAAUCUUCAAAAACAACCUACGACGCAUUCGAAAGCGGCAUUAGACCGGUGUUCCCGAAAAAAAUGUUAAGAAGCCGGACGGCACCUUACUCGGCGUGGCGGUCAAUAUAUGGCCGGUUUUUUAAACUGGAAGCCGCCCCGAGUCUUUCCGAAAAUCCUUCUCAUACUUGUGUAUAAAAGCAUUUGUUCCGCGAAAUUCUGGGAAAUGCGGAACAAACAUUUUGCCAGCGCAUGCUAGGUCUUCAGAAUUUGGCAACUGCCGGUGUGGAAAAGAAAUAGUAGCAUUGGCAAUCCCCAAUAGCAACGCUGGUGUGAAAAUCGGUUGCUAUCCAAAAUAGCAGUGGCCAGCGUUGUGAGAAUAGCAAGUCAAAUGGGCGGUAAAAAAAUGGACUUUUUUCAGCUGGUGGUAAAUAAAUAACUAAGACAGUUAACCGGAACAUUCGUCAUGGCGGACGAAUACAUGCGUGUAGGCAUGUUUUUGAAUUCUUUUUUCGUUAUAUUUAUCAAUUCUCUCGCAGUUUUUGCGACAAAAUGUUGGAGUAGAUCUUACGUUUCAAAUUUGCCAAGAAACCCUCGAUGGAACGCAACCUGGGAACGCUGGGUAAGUUCACCAACUUGGGUACCACAUCAAUAUUCAGCCGCUCCAUUUCCGCCAAAAAUCACUUUGAAUAGUGGGCUGACGCCAGAACCGGCCAAAACACCGCGUCUCCGACCUAAUGGUUUUUCUCGAAGAACUUCCGGUAGACACUUCAUAUUAUAAGUUUCCCCGUUCUCGGCCAGUCCGGAUCGAAAAAAGAGCGGCUUUGACAUCCCCUUCUCGCUGACUGUCAGCAACAGCAGCACCUUCCUAGGAAACUUGAUGUGAGAAAUGAAAUUGCUAACUUCCUUUGUGGAGGAAGUAAAAUACGAAGUGCCCUGCCAGUCGUGGCCAUCCAGGGUGAGGCAGGUCUCGUCGGUAAUUCAACUUGAUCGUCUUACAUUGCCUGCAGCUCCGAGACCAGUGGACAGAACUGCCCCGCUUUCUGGCAUUCGACGCGACGGAGUACUGCUCUUCGAACACGCACACUUCUAAACGAAGUAGCUCGACUGCUUUCGCCAUCACGGUUAGAGUUCGACUGAUAGAGCUGUAAAAAAUUUUCUGCUGACUCAUGGCUUACUAUGAUUUACGCUGCAUGAGUAGUUUCGUCAUUGUGUGUGGAGGUAAACCCAUGAAAAAUCGGCAGUUUUUGACCAUUUUUUUUACCGCAAACGUUAUAAAGCCUGUGUCCGAUAAACAGAUAAGUCAAGUUUCGAGAGCAAAAAACAAAAAAACUCUAAGCAAUUAAAUGUGUAAAGUUUUUUUUAUUUUGAUCAAAAAUAUUCUUUCAAUGCACAUAAUUUAUUUUUAGAUGCGAAUCGGAAUGUUUUACAACUUUGCUGAAGGCACCAUAAUAAUCUAUGACGUCUUCGGUGAAGUUGUACAGCAAUACGAUACGCAUCGGAGAAUUAAAAAAUGCACAUUGAAAAAAUGUGCUUGAUCGAAAAGGGAUAUUUUUAUUUGCUCGCUGUCAAAACAGAUGAUAUCAAAGUAUAGAUUUAUUGUGGAGAGAACAACAUUGUUUUUAUAAUUAUGAAUUGUUUUUUUAUCAAAGAAAAAAAAAUCGCAGUGUUAAGCUUUCUCAGAACCGCAGUUUUACUAUCUGCAGUUUCACCGCAGACACUAUUAUAAUUAAACGCACCAUUCAACAUUUUUAUUUUAUUCAUUAGUGUCAUUUAGGAAUUUUCAACCAAAUUUUCCACUUUCAGGGUCGUGUAUUUUGACUUCGUCACGAAUAUCAUCGCACAAUUUUUUGAUAUUUUUCAUGUUUUUUUGUUAUACUUUUCAGUUGUGCAUGCAUUUUACUUGAAAUCAUCAAAGUUAUAAUUCAACGGCUACUGUAGUGAACUCAGAUACAUUCAAUGUCUUCCCUAUUUCAUUGAUAAAACCGUUUAUCGCGAAAAUGCAGUAUAAUAACCUUUCAAGUCUUAACGCAUUAUAUUUUGAAUUGAAAACCAAAAAAUGAAAUAAUGCAAUCAGACAGCAUUCUAUGAACCCAUUUUAGUUUAUUUUACACCGAAUUUAGAGAGAAAUUGUAACAUAAUAGAGUUGCGUGUGUAUUAGAAAGACCACCAACGUGGUUGAUUACCGUAUCCAACGGUAAACAUCCUUCAAGCAUCGCCGGGUAAGGGAAAAUUCUUAAAUUAUCGACACUCAUGUUAAAAGGUCGUAAGGCGAAUGUAAACAAAGUGAACGAUAACGAGGUUCGAAUCGUAAUAGAAAUGCCUUAAACGUGGAAAUAUUCCCAGGCUCCCAAAAUUUAGUUGAUUACAUUUUCUCUAUCUUGUUAAUUUCCCACUUGAGUUGAUCCCAAUAAUUCAUGGCUUUUUACUGUAAUAAAAGGAUGCAAAUCUGCUCCAAACAGCAUGCAAUAACUGUGUAGUUUUAGAAAAAAAAAACAGCAGACGUUUUCCAAACAUUCGUUCACGUAAAUUGAUGAUUGACGGUUUCGGCUGCAGUGAAAACGUCACUUUUCGAUCCACUGGUACAGAUAGCCUGCCAAGUAAGAUGUUCCUUAUGUCGAAUUCGUUUUUACGGCAGGACUAUCCCGUCCCGGACUACGCUUUGCAGCUGAAAAAAAAACACUUUCCGAGCAGUUGCAAUGGUGUGCGUAAUACCAGAGGUACCGUAAAACGGGGCGAAUAGAAACAGUGGGGCGAAUAGAAACAAAACUUCCGAACUUGAAAAAUGCGAUUUUAAGUCUUCGAUUACAUUUAAAAACCAUGCAAAAAAUAUUUUCUUGGAUAGUUCAAUAGUAAACAAGUCCUGCAAACUCAUUUUUGGGUUAGCAGCACUACUGUCGGUUUGUUUAAAAAAAUGCUCAAAUUCUGAACGUUUCCGAGUACCAAAAAACUUUGUCUGUGGAAGCCAUUCUGCUUCACUUAGAACUUGUUCGUGUGAUAUACUGGGUCGGUAGUUAAGCAUUUCAAGUUUUUACGGUGAAUUAAAGGAUUGCCGUAAGGUAUUCAUCACCACGUAACCUAUGUUUCAUGGAAAACUCGCGGUUCUAAGAUUAACGGGGCGAAUAGAAACAACGCCGCAGCGGCUAUUUUUUGUACCAAAACAUGUGGAUUUGAGAAAUGCUAUAAUGUUUCAUAUGUAAAAUGAUGUCUGGAACAUGUUUUGUGCAUUUUCAGCCCAUCAUGGUCAGGACUUACCAACAAAAAAGUCCAAAAACGUAUUCGCUCCGCCUGUUGCUGUUGAGAUUUUACGCAAAAAAACUGUUUCCUUGUCAAGCGGUUACGAAAUAUAGAUAUCGGAUGAUAGAUAAAUCGGAUGUUACCUUUAGACUUCAAUCCAGUAGACAACCACGCUAGUUUCCAAAAACGUGUUGAAAGUCUGAUUUAUCUGCUGCAUGAUGCUCGACAUGGACUGACCCGAGAGAUAUGAAUCAAGGUUUCAGUUCCGCCAAGACAAAAUGUUCCCGGAUGUCGUGUCCUAGAUGAAACACCGGAAGAUGUCAGACCAGUGGAAAUGCUUGACCCAACCCCGUGUCCUUCUGUUCCUAAUAAGAACUCUAAUAGAACAUACUCAUUCAUAAGAUAACAAACAUGAAGUAAUAAACCGAAAAUUUCUACUAUUUUGAUAUUUUAUAUCGUUUUCUUGCCUCUCAUAUCAAUAAAUAUGAUGCAAUUGUUCUGUUUUCUUCAAAUUGAAACUAGAAUUUUCUAUCAGAACGUAUUUUAUUGGCGAGUGUUUCUAUUCGCCCCAUUGCGGGGUGAAUAGAAACAUGCAACAUUUUUUCAAUAAAACAAUGAAUUACUAUUUUAUCAAAAUGGACGUUACACCCUUAAUAAAGGGAGGCAAGACCCAUGUUUUAAAACCUUUAUAUUCAUUCUAUACAUUAUAGUAUUUUUUGUACACUGCAAGAUAUAUCGCAGACUGUUUCUAUUCGCCCCGUUUUACGGUAACUGUUACUUUUGUUUUGGUCAUUAUCGCCAUUGUGUUUUAUCGCAUUUGUGCUACUGUACGAAAAAUUUGCCAAUUUACUGAAAAAUGACGAAUUAACAAAAUAAAAUAAAUAAAAUUCAACCUGAUGUUUGACACGCGAAGAACGAUAAUCAAAGCAAACCGAUUUUGACACAUUUUCUUUUUGAUUUUGACACAUACGUGUGAAUGUGUUGGUGUCUUCAAAACGGCACCCUGUUUCUUGCGCGGACUGUCCGGGACAGGAAAAGGGUAGUCCGGAAAAUGCGGGGUAGCUACAGCUACAGAUAUUCGCGAUGCACGAGCGACUUUUUGUUUGCCCCCGCUUGCUUGGACGCCAAUUUUUAAAAUUAAAGUGCAAAUAUCAAAAUCAAAAUAGAGGUAUCAUUUUAAACGCACACACCCACAAAGUAAAGGGUGCUCCGUUUUUCAAAUGUUCUAUCAAAACUGCGAUUCCACAAGGCUUUUAAGGAAACCAGUUUUUCCAUUCUUUUCUAGAAAAAUCAAUCUGCCGACCGUUGGAUUUAUAGAAAUAGUUGAGUCGUUAAGAUUUCUCAUUUGUAUCACACAACGGAUAUCACCACAUGAUGAAAAUUUAAAUGUUUAUCACUUAGCGUGGUGGAUGCAUCCUGUUUCUAAUUUACAACAGCAUACGAAAAACUUAAACUUACAGCAAAAAAAUGUGACUCUACUCAAUCAACACCAUUUUGGAUACGGUAAUCGCGCAAUUACACAGAAAACUGAAUGAUAUUCUAAACAUAAGUUUUGUUACGGCUAUUGAGUAUUAUCACCGUUUUAUUGAACUCAGUCGCAAAUUGCAAGUGAACAUUUAGAAAGAACUGAUUUUUGGAAAACUGACACAUUUGAAAAUAUAAAACAUUAGAUAAGACAAUAUAAUAUGAUAAAGAAAAAAAAACGCAAACUUCAUUCGUUUUGCUAUAUUAUACAAAGUAAAAAUGAACGAAACAUAUAUUUAUGAAUGGAAAUAAUAAAAAUAAAACUUCCCCUGUUUCCGCAUGUUGUAAGACUUUUACGAAAUUAGGGUUUAUACAACUCACAUUCGGAUCACCUCGUGGUCUAUCUGAAAGCCAUAUUGACACUCAUUUGUAGGACAUUUUUCCGUUAGUUUCAAUAUACUUUAUGUUUAACUACAUUAUAAAAAUUAUCCAGUAUUGAACAAUUGAAAAUUACAAUUUUUGCAACCAUAUAUCUUUCUAAUUGUUAUUUUUAACAAUGAGAAAAGUAAAUUAGACGUUUAUAAUAGUAUUUAAGUAACAAUGAGGCUUUGCACCUGGCAUAAAUAGUGGAAACACAAGAAUUCUUGUUGGUAGAAGCCGGUCGCUUUUUUCCUGAAAUAACAAACCAAAACAUACUUUAAAACAAUGCUGUAAUUAUAGUUGGUUCCAGGAAACCUGAAACAAAGUGGAAUAAAGAGAACAGUAGUGUAGAGAAGUCAAAUGGCAACUUUUAUAGAAGGCACUUUAUAUAUACAUAUAUUAUAAUCAUAUACACACUCACCAAAACAUGUACAUUCUACAGUUACACUUAGAGUGAGCAAAGAAUCCACUGUAGAUGUAAUUGUAUCAUGUUUUGAAAAUUCCAUUUUAUAGAACAAUCUUUCAAUUCUGUUUCAGAUAUUAUUAUGCCUUGUCUUUUAUAUACACGUAUUUAUUAUACACAUAAAAAAAAACUUCGAAAACGUGCAAAAAAAUAAUAACAACAGAAAAAUGACAAAAAAAUAAUUUUGUAGUAUGUUUUUAGAUAAUAGAUUUUCCCAGAAAAUAAAAAUCAAUUAUUGAAGGCAAUGUGCACUCGAAAUCGUACUGUAAAAAUCCCUCUUCCCUUCAAGAAAUAUAGGGCAGCAACCCUGUAUACAGUGGAUUUUUACCGUACUACUAGAAAUGAUCACAUUUUAACUACAUAUAUACACCCAAUAUAAUAUUUGCGAGAACCUAACACGAAAAAAGUAAGACAAAAUAUUUUAACGUCGGAACAGUAGCAUGCAUGCGCAAAUAACAAAAAAAAAAACAACACGUAGACACUCAUACACAGUCACGCAAAAUGCAGAAUACCAAUUGAAAAGGUGUCCGCUUGAAUUACAAAAAAAAUAAAGAAGAACGUAAGCCAAAUAGAAAUACUUAUAUACUAUAUAUUUGAUGCUUUUAAAGUUUUGACAGUGUAGAAAAUGGGAUCUGAGUGAACUUUGCAGUAACAUGACGGCUAGUUAUGGUUCCUCCAGGAUGCAUUUUUUACUGAAACCAAGGUGGCUAGUUGCAAAAGGUCUUCAAAAUUGAGAACCAAUGUGCUUGACUGAUUGGAAAUAUUGAAAAAAAAAAAAAAAACGAUUAACCAAUGUUUUUUUUGCUUGAAUUGAUAGACACUUCGUUCACCAAGGGUGAAAUAGUUUUUAGAAAAAAUAAAUUUUCAGCAAUUCUUGAUGGUAAUGAAUUAAUCGAAGUUCGCUAUGAAAGCUUUUUCAAAAACCCCCUUAUUAUAACUAAAUUAGUGAAGUUUUUUUUUGUCACCAUCUUGACUGCUGUCAAAUAAGCGCAUUUCGAUCGUGUUUACGUGUCAGUGUGUAUGUGUACACUACUCAUUGCAACACUACUACUAUUGCAACACGCAGUUUGAAUAUUGAAGUUCAGCAAAGUUGAUUCAAUAAUUAUUCUCCAUUCUUAGGAAGUUUUAAUUUUGUGAUUAAUCCACCUAAAAUUGAGAAACGAAUUUUAUUUUUUUCAUUUUUGCAUAUAAAAAUUCAUUUUGCUCGGCAAAUUUGUAGCACAUUCUAUAAGAAACAACUUUGUCAAAGACACCAUAUUUCUAUUUGCCUAUUAAAAUUGACUUCUGUGGAGUUUACUUUUAUAGCUGGCCACUAAAAAUCAACUUUUGCAAUAUAACAUUCAAUAAUGAUUUUCUAAAAUUUUUAAAUGUUCUGCAAUGUUGUUUGCUAUAGCGAAAUAAACAAUUUCUCUAAAAAAAGGUUAUUUUUAUCUCUGUGAUUUAUUUGAUUAUUGACGAUUUUUAUUGAAAUAAUGCACUAAUUCACUAAAAGAUAUCUACAAAAUCUGCAAUUGUCUGCAGACAAAACUAUUUCUAUAUUGAAAUAUAAGUAAACCAUCAUUCAAUCCAGAUAUAGGCAUUCGUCUCUUGCUGUCUCUCUGUGUAGAUAUCUGUAGGUAAAUUAGUGCAUUGUUUAAUAAAAAUCUCCAACAACUUAAUAAAUAAAGGAGAUAAAAAUAAAGUAGUAAACAACAUUGCAAAUUAUUAAAAAUUUUUAGAAAUUAUUGAAAAAAAAAUUAUUAACAACUAGAAGCCCUUAUCCUCCUGAACAAGUUUGCUGAGAACCAUCAAAAUUUACAUCAAAUAAAAAAACCUCCGGAACAACUUCACUAAAGAUCACAACUUUGUAAGUGGUGAGAAUUUUAGUACCUGUGGCCCCUAGUACAGAAAGCGAGGAGAGCAAAAUGUUGUAUUAGGGAACGCGAGUGACUGAUGACAGACGAGCUACUCGUCGAAAAUCCAGCCGACUCGCCAUCUGCAAUACCAAAAUUGGUCAGACGAGUAAUUCGCCGCUCUUCGAAACAAUUUGUCCACCGGACACAAGUCCUCGACCCCAUUAACAACUUUGCUGAAGAUCACAACUUUCUACGUUUGCCGGAAUCACGAGAUAGGGUUACUUAAAUCUGCCCAUUUUAGGUGAUGCUAAACAUUGCGGGGUGCAGCCACAUUUAAACUUUAGUGAAGUGAUUCCAAACUAAUGGCGGGUAGUGUACACCACAUCGAUUUUGUAGUUUGGUUCACUUCACGAAAGUUGCUCAGUUUAUUUCGGCAAAAUUCCUAACAGCGCACAGUGGUCAACUUCAGAGCAAAUUACGGUUUCUAACCUUAUUCCGUAUAAAAGUAGACUUCAUAUAUGUAAUAUUACCGAUUCAGCUUCAUCAACCGUCAAACGAACGGAUUUUUAGUCUUCUUAAACCGAAUCGUUUGUAAUUUGAAAUCAGAUUAACUGUUCCGAAGAUAUUACAAAAAUAGUGCCAAAUGAUUCAAAAUUAUAAAGUUAGGUUAAUUGUAACCACAUAAUGUGUCUAGGUAGUUACUGAUCGAUCCUGGACACACACCGGUGCACACUGUUUCCAAAGCUGCAAAAACGUGAUCGAAAUUAUUUUGACCCAAGAACAUUGAUUUUAGGUCCGUAACGUCUUCAGCAAAGUUGUUCCAUUAAUUAUUCUCCAUGGUAUAGAAGUCGCAAUUCCAUGAUUAAUCCACUCAACAGUGAAAAACGAAUUUUACUUUUCUCAUUUUGGAAUAUAAAAAUCCACUUUGUUCAGCAAAGUUGUAGCAAAUUUUAAAAGAAACAACUUUGUGGAAAACAUCAUACUUCUAUCUAUCUAUUUAAAUGGACUUUUGUGGAGUUUUCUAUAUAUUACUAUUUAAUUCUUUUUUUGCUAUUUAACUUUUUAUAGUGAUUUUCUAAAACUUUUGAAUGCUCUACAAAAUUGUUUGCUACAAGGGAAAAAAUAAUAUCUCUGAUUAAAGUUUAUUUUUAUCUCACAUGUGUUUUUGGUUGUUGACGAUUUUUACUAGAAUAAUGCGCAAAUUCACACAAAUUACUCUUAAAGCAAAAAAUAAUGAUUUUGGAGUCGUAGUGUCUUCAGUAAAGUUGUUCUAUAAAUUAUUUUCCUCUUUGUAGAAGUUAGAAUUUUGUGAUUAAUCUACCUAAAAGUGAAAAAUGAGUUUUAUUUUUCUCAUUUUUGCAUAUAGAAAUCCACUUUGCUGAGUAAAGUUUUAGCACAUUUUGUAAGAAACAACUUUGUCGAAGACACUAUACUUGUAUCUGCUAACUUGAAUGAUCUAUUGUGAAGUUUUCUCUAGAAUGCCCCUAAAAAUAAUUUUUUAAUAUAACUUUUUAUAGUGAUUUUCUAAAAUUUUUCAAUGUUCUACAAUGUUGUUGACUAUCAUAAAACACACAAGUUCACCGAAGAAAGUUUAUUUUUAUCUCUUAAAUUUAUUUAGUUAUUAAAGAUUCUUAUUGAAAAAAUGCACUUAUUUAUUUACAAAUAUCUGCAUAGGAGACAGCGAGAGACAAAUGCCCAUAUCUGGAUUAAAUGAUGUUUUAUUUAUACUUAAAUAUAGAAAGGUCUAGUCUGCAGAUAUUUGCAGAUUUCAAAAAUAACUGUUAGUAAAUUAGUGCAUUAUUUCAAUAAAAAUCGUCAAUAACCGAUGAAAUAUGAGAGAUAAAAAUAAACUUUCUUCGAUGAAAUUGUUUGUUUUGUGAUAGCAAACAACAAUGUAGAACAUUGAAAAAUUGUAGAUAAUCACUACUUAAUGUUAUAUUGAAAAAAUUGAUUUUUAGUGGCAAUCUGUAGAAAACUCCACAAAAGUCCAUUUUAAAAGGCAGAUAGAGGUAUGGUAUCUUUGACAAAGUUGUUUCUUAUGAAAUGUACAACAACUUUGCCGAACGAAGUAAAUUUUUAUAUGCAAAAAAGGGAAAAGUAAAAAUCACAAAAUUGCAACUUCUACAGAAUAAAGAAUAAAUAAUGGAACAACUUUUCCUUAAGGCACUGUGGCUCUAAAAUCUAUCUUUUUUGGGUCAAAAUAAUUUCGAUCACGUUUUUCCAGCUUUGAAAACAGUGUGCGGUGUUCAGUUUAUUUUAAAUCAAACCGAAUUUCGUCAUGCGACCCUCCUUUUCUUGGAUUCCUAUGGAAAGGUUAGCAUUCCGCCUGUUUCGAAGCCUGGUCGAACUUCUUGGUGAAUGUUUUCAAAAAUAAUGUAAAAGCUGCGUCGUGUUUCGGGCUUCUGAAAAAAGCACGUGCUACCGCCUGUUUUUUUUCUUCAUACCGGAACAUCUUCGAAAAUUACUCUUCUUUCUAUGCGUAUUUAUUUUUGGAUAAUAUAAGAAUAGCGUUAUACGUUGGUACUUUUUAUAGUCACUUAAAAUAUCGAUUUCACUUGUGCAGAAAAGAAAAUACUACAAGGUAUACAGCCCUAGAGGUUGUAUGAAAUGGUGACGUAGGACUAAAUGUAUACAUUAUAUGCUGCGAUAAACUAUUCAUAGGCAACACAACCGUUUUAUUUGAUGGUCGUUAUUGUAAAACUAACGAUGCAUGAAUACAUGAAAAUUUUACACUAGUAGUAGCUGCGAAAAUUCUCAUAACUCUCAUCUUCAAGCAUCUGUAGCUCUGAAAAGAACCGAUUCUAUAAUCUUCAGCUCGAAAUGUGUGCUAUAGAGCGCUGAUGAUCGCACCACCACCGGUAGUAUUGAAUAUUUUGUUGGCCGCGCAAAAUUGCUCUCCGCUGUGCCCUUUAGUAGCCAGCACAAUUUCCUGUAGCGUACGAUGGUAACUGUUGCUGCCGUAUGCAAAAUAAAGGUAACAUGCUCCGCGGUGCCUGGAAGUUGACUCGUAUGCAGCUCUCGUUUCUCAAUGCCGCUUACCUCUAACAGCUAUACUCCACUCGCUAUUGUGUGACAAACUGAACUGAAGCUGAAUUUUCUACACGCAGUCUUUUGCAACUUUGCCGAACGAAGUAAAUUUUUAUAUGCAAAAAAGGGAAAAGUAAAAAUCACAGAAUUGCAACUUCUACAGAAUAAAGAAUAAAUAAUGGAACAACUUUUCCUUAAGGCACUGUGGCUCUAGAAUCUAUCUUUUUUGGGUCCAAAUAAUUUCGAUCACGUUUUUCCAGCUUUGAAAACAGUGUGCGGUGUUCAGUUUAUUUUAAAUCAAACCGAAUUUCGUCAUGCGACCCUCCUUUUCUUGGAUUCCUAUGGAAAGGUUAGCAUUCCGCCUGUUUCGAAGCCUGGUCGAACUUCUUGGUGAAUGUUUUCAAAAAUAAUGUAAAAGCUGCGUCGUGUUUCGGGCUUCUGAAAAAAGCACGUGCUACCGCCUGUUUUUUUUCUUCAUACCGGAACAUCUUCGAAAAUUACUCUUCUUUCUAUGCGUAUUUAUAUUUGGAUAAUAUAAGAAUAGCGUUAUACGUUGGUACUUUUUAUAGUCACUUAAAAUAUCGAUUUCACUUGUGCAGAAAAGAAAAUACUACAAGGUAUACAGCCCUAGAGGUUGUAUGAAAUGGUGACGUAGGACUAAAUGUAUACAUUAUAUGCUGCGAUAAACUAUUCAUAGGCAACACAACCGUUUUAUUUGAUGGUCGUUAUUGUAAAACUAACGAUGCAUGAAUACAUGAAAAUUUUACACUAGUAGUAGCUGCGAAAAUUCUCAUAACUCUCAUCUUCAAGCAUCUGUAGCUCUGAAAAGAACCGAUUCUAUAAUCUUCAGCUCGAAAUGUGUGCUAUAGAGCGCUGAUGAUCGCACCACCACCGGUAGUAUUGAAUAUUUUGUUGGCCGCGCAAAAUUGCUCUCCGCUGUGCCCUUUAGUAGCCAGCACAAUUUCCUGUAGCGUACGAUGGUAACUGUUGCUGCCGUAUGCAAAAUAAAGGUAACAUGCUCCGCGGUGCCUGGAAGUUGACUCGUAUGCAGCUCUCGUUUCUCAAUGCCGCUUACCUCUAACAGCUAUACUCCACUCGCUAUUGUGUGACAAACUGAACUGAAGCUGAAUUUUCUACACGCAGUCUUUUGUAUCGAGUUUAGCGUAGAUUUUUGCCAUUAGGGCGUGACCACACAGCUUGGAGAAAGAGGAACAAACCAAAACACAUUCGAUACUACUGAGUGAUUUUCAUAAGCAUCAAAAUAAAGUUUUUGCUUUCCCGAUGCGAAAAUCACUCUGGUUGUUAGAUUAACUAAUUUUCGUUGAUAAUAUUUGGCAGAUAACGAUGUUCGAGUGGACACAAACAAACAAUUAAACCGGAAAAUCACUCAAUUUAGCAGUGAAAAUUCUUGAAAUGAGGGUUUUAUCUUGCUGUGAUAAACUAUUCAUAGGCAACACUACCGUUUAUCUUUGGUGCGCCCUGGUCGUUAUUGUAAAAAUGAUUAUUGAGAAAUAGAUGAACAUUUCACACUAGGAGUAGUUGUGAAAAUUCUCAUAAUUCUUAUCUUCAAGCAUUUAUAGUUCUAUAGCGUUCUAUAGCUAUAGCUUUAUAGUUCUAUAGCGUUCUAUAGCUAAAGCUUGACCUUGGAACUUUUCACCUUUUUCCACCAUUAAGCAGUGAAGCAACAAUGUUGAACAUUAUAUCAAAAAAUUGUUACACAUUUUAUCUAACCAUCGACAUAUUAAUGACUAAUAUGCAUUAAGUCGUUCGCUCGCUAUAAUCGUUUGAAAUCUGACGCAACAUUUGCCAGUUUCAUUUUCAAUUUCACAAAGUGUAAUCUAGUGUAGAAAAUAAAGACGUAGUCCUACGCCAAAAAAAGAAUCAGCGGCUACACUUAAGGUAUGUUUAGACUAUCUGAUUUUUCAUCUGAUUCGAGCUGAUUGCUCGAAAAUAUAUCGAAUGCAAUGUUGGUUUACGUUUACACCUAUUCGAUAUUGUGCUUUGACAUGCUGUUUGAUAUGUCGAAUGGAAUAGGAACGUUUCUAUUUUUGUUCGACUCCCAGAACUUAGCAACCUUUGAUAUUUUUCAGUUUUUUGUUUUGGCUUUCCAUAACAAACAUCUGUUUCGUUUUUUGUGUGCUGGCAAAUAUUGAAAUGGAGAAAAGAAUUAAUUUGACAUUCAUUUGGCAGUUCUUCCUUUCGACUUGUGCAAGCAGUGUGAACAGCGCCAUACAAACAGGUUCGACAAAGUAUGUCGAACGGUAAUUUGAGCAAACUUUCGAUUUCUGCAGUGGUCAACAUCAGACCGACAUGUCUAAUAGUCUUUAGUCUAAUAGUCUUUAGUCUUUAGUCUAAUAGUCUAAUUAGUCUAAUAGUCUAAUAGUCUUUCAACGUUGUGUUCUUCACGUUCUUCAUAUUUGAAAUAGCCGUUUGUGGAGCACGUGUUCCAUGGCAAUUACGAUUGAAUGAAGCGCAUAAACCUGAUACACAAUCAGAAAAACUUGUGUGAAAAUAUGUUCUUGUUCUCCAAAGUUGGAUGAAACGCUAUCUAUCGCUAACUCAAACCCUCACCAUUUUGAAGCUUAUGUAUUUACCUUUCAAAUGAAACCUAUUGGAUAGCGGGCUCUCAUGAGCGACUAUAGAUUCAAAGCAUAUUUAACCCGAAAUAUGUUUAUAAAACAACAAUUUAACACAAUCCACAAACUUCUAGUUGCUUGAAAGUUUCUGAAAUCAAUAGAAAUGUGCCUUUGGCAUAUGUGAACAGUUUCUCUGCAGAAGUGCCUCCUGUAAAGCUACAGGAUGGUCUCAAGAUAUAUAAUGCAUACAGUGAUUAUUCACGAAAAACACGAUGCUGCAAAAAAAUCAAGUCAACGGAUUACACUCAAAUUUUAGAUAUAUGUCUCGAGAGGAUUAGGGAAGCCUUUGACUUUGAGGUUUUGGCUGCCCUUGGACCGCUGCACAGUGGCAGGUACCUAUACAAAAGUCGGAAAAAACCUAAAAGUCAUUUUUAUAUGAUUGGAAAUUACAUAUUAUUACAAUUUUGGAGUGGUGAACUCAUUUAUGAUGUCAGAAAAUGUCUAAAAUAGAAAUUUAUGCACCUAAAGUGCCGUUAGACCUUUCUCAUGAUCAGGUUUUUGUUUUUGCUUCAAUCUUGCUUAAAACUUUGAUAGGAGAGCUGCUCUUAUAUUCAUCUCAACACCUACAUUCAUCCCUUUGCUCUCAUUUGUUCGAUUUUCUAUAAAAUUUAACUUUUUACCUUUAUUAUACUCAACAAAGGUUAUAAAAUCGGUCAAAAAAACGCAAAAUAGAUCCAAGAUCUGGAGGGCCGAAUCUUAUAUACCAUUCGACUCAGCUCGACGAACUGAGCAAUGUCUGUUCGUGUGUAUGUGUGUGUGUGUGUAUGUAUGUUGUCUGUAUGUAUGUGCCGCAAAAAAACUAACGCACCUUUCUUACAGAACGCAAUAUCCGAUUUUAAUGAUCUUAUACGCAAACGAAAGCUACUGUGCUCCCAAAGAAUGCUACCGAGUGGAUUUUCGAUUAGUGGCUUUGAUUUUGAAUUAUCGAUCAAAGAGUAUUUUUUGUAUGAGACAUUUAACUUUCAAGGCAAAAUGAAUGGCACGGAGGGCCAUGUGUUGUAUACCAAUCGACUCAGAUCUACGAACUGAACAAUUUCUGUAUGUAUGUGAAUGUGUGCCUGUAUGUAUAGAUGUGUAAAUAUGUUGUUUAUAUGUGUAGUAUAUCAAAAUCGAACAAAAAAAAUAACAAAAAAAACCCGUUCUGCAGUACGCAUAUUCCGAUUUUGAUGUUCGCUUCAAUGCUCAAAUGAAAGCCCCGGAGCUCUUUGAAAAUCAUACUGAGUGCGAUUUUUUAUUGGAUGCUUGAACUGUAGAGUUUUGACCAAAGUAUAUUUUAGACAUGGGAUAUUUUACUUUCUGGAUAAUCAUCGACAACUUUGCAUAAUUUCUACACUUUUCGUAGUGCGGUUUCUGAUGUAAAUAAAUUAAUUUUAGAGCAAAUUGCAAUGCUUACUUAGCUUCUUUUCUUGCUUGCGAAGCUUCAGUCUACACUUUCUUUGAAAUAUAUAAUCAAUUUUACGUUGAACCCAGAUUUGCGAAAAAUAAGAAGCUUUUACAGCUUUCGGGGAGCAUUGAAGCAAAACCUGAUCCCACAGUGUGCAAAUGUAACACAAUCAGCGAUGCAGAUAUUGCAGAUGCAGAAAACAUAAAAAAAUCGCUGUUUUGUUUGCAAUGCUACGUUUUGAACAGCUGGAAAAAUUUUCAGUUGAACUUUUAUUUGAUGUUUAAUAUUAGGUUCUAAAUAUACUUUUAACUCGUGACCAAGAAUUUAAAAAAUUGUGAACAUCGAGAUACGAUCAUUUGCAGUUUGGAUGAAACUAAAGCAACUUAACAUGGCUAUACACGUUUACUAGUGUGCGCAGGUGGAAAGUCACUUAUUCCUAUGAUAUAAAUAUUGGAUAUAAAUAUUGGUUUCUAAUUUAAGACAAAGUGCAAAUAAGUUAUUCCAUUUCUCGAUAUCGCAGGAAGUUUUAUAAAGUCUUUAUUUCGGAUUUUAUUGUACAGCCUAGGCCUUCGAAAAGAAUAAUGUUCUCUUCUACACACCGAAAAUCCAAAUCUCUCAAAUGUCGCGAAAACCUUCAUUUUCAGAUUAUGCAUUUGAGAUAGAAUUGAAUUAACAACUUUCGUCAAUGGUUAUAUUUUUUUUCUUUGUAAUGCUGAUCUGAGGUUAGUAGAAGUUUGCUUCAAUUCGUAAAAAAGACUUAAUGCUGAUUCAUAAUUCUAGGUCUUGCGAUUUUUUAAAAUAAUGCGAAUGUGGUAUUCAAACCUGGAUUAUGGGGAAUUAAAAAUUAGAACUGCCUCGAACUAACAUACAUAUUUGCUGUUCUAGUAUGAAAUCAGCAUCUUUGUUAUCUAUUACUUUUUACUGUUUCUGUUUAUUUUGAAAAAAAAAAAGGUUGCUUCUAUCCAGCAUUUAAAAAUUGGUUCUCGAUUGAAAAAAUAAUACUCAUAUACUCCAGUGAUAUCAUCCAUAAUAUUUGCGAAAACCACGUCAAGCUAUAGUUCAAAGAUCGUCUUUGGUUCGCCUUCUGAAAAUUAUCUUUUGAAUUCAUUUUAUUCAUAAUUGAAAUUGGAUUUAUACGAUUUGUGAUUUACAUACUGGCCUACUGCCUAUAAUCGCAUACCAGUCCCACGUGCAUUCUGGUCGUUCUUAUAGAGAAGUUAUGGUAAAUGUCUAUCUCAUUAUAUCAUGUCGAAAAUAUGGGAAUAAACCACGCUCAACAGUUGAAAUUACUUAAGCACGAAAAAUACCUUUACGUGCUGGUUUCUCAACUUGAUGAAAAUGAAGAUGGGACUGAUAUGCGAUUAUAGGUAGCCUAAUAAGUAUACAAUUAUAGUUAGUAUAACAAAGUUUUCUGCACCACUAGGUGGAUUAAUUUAGGUUUUUUUUUAAGUAAAAGUAGUUUUAUUUUACCUCUUAAUUAAGUCGAGUGGUCGGAACUUAAGAGCGAUGAGAAGAGCGAAAUAAAAGCGACGGAAAGAAUAUAGGUGCUCAGAUGAAUAUUAGGGUGGUUCCCACACUUGUUUUUCAUCGAAAAACUUAAGAAUCGCAUUUUUUUUGUUUGGUUCUUAGGGUACUCCUUUCUGAAUUAGGGUGGUGCAAAAAUCAUAAUUCAAUUUAUUUCAUUUUGAAAAUGUUUUAGCUUUUAGGCCUUUUGACCAAUUCAAGAUCUUUCUGCGACAAGUUAAAGGUCUUCUAAGGAAAAUUAUGAGAUGGUAUCGUAGUUAAUUUCAACGUCAUUGAAAAUAUAAAAGACGAUAUGUUUUUUUCUCAUCAAUUCAACUUAUUCUCUCUUUAUACAUCUUGCAGUACUGAAAGCGGUUUACAAGUUUAUAUAAAAAUGCUUGAAACUCCUGGAAAAAACUUCACGUAUACUUCCCAGUCAAACAUGUUGUUUAAAUAUACGAAAUUGAAUAUUUUACAACUGACCACCACACGUCUCCAUAGUUUUAUUUUCAAAAUAUCUCACUAUGAGCAACGAUGUGCAAAACGGGACCCAAAAAUCUGAAAAGUACAAUAAAUUUCCCAUUGAAUGUUGGUUAUCUGAUCGUUCCGAACUGUUUCACAAGAUUGUACGGUAGAAAUGAAAUUAGAAAUACAUGAUUUUUUAGCUUCCCUGCAAUAUCUUUUACCUCGAUUGAGAAAUUAGUUAUAUGUUUGGAAAGUCUUGAAAAUCGUCCAAAAAGUACACAAAUUUCCCUUCAAAAUGAAUAUUGUUGAAUCAAAAUCGGAUCACAACUGAGGAAGUUUCAGGUGUUUGAAGUUGAGCUAAAAAUUGUGAUUUCAAACAUGAAAAUCAUCGAAAUUGCCUGAUAUAGCAACAUUCAAAGUCCGAUUAAAAAAUGAUAUCUCAACCGAUUGUCAUGAAACUUUGGGAAAAGGUCAUUUACACUUUGAGAAUCUUCGGAAAAAUGCAAAACAUCAAAAAAAAAAUCGCUCAUCUAGAUGUGAUUUUUCAACCUAAAAUAUCAAUUACAUGUUCUUGACAUCAUUCCUAGAGUAGUAUUGUUCUUCUUGAUAGUAAACUUAUGAUCGUAGGGGGCUCCAUGGCAAAUUAUAACUUUUCUCAAAACUGUUUCGCCUCUUGGCGAUUUCAGAGUCUAUCAAUUGAAACAGAUAAAAAUCGUUUAUUCUUUUUCCAAUAUUUUCAAUCAAUUCAGCACAUUAAUUCCAAAUUUCGAAGACUUUGUGGAACUAGCGUCUGGUUCCAGCGAGAAUUGCUCACCAUCAGAUGCAGGAAUGUGUGCUAGUACUGUGCUUGACUGCCAAAAAUCCUCUAAUUUAUUAACCAGGCUAAUACACAUACACGUACUGUAUUUUCCAAAUUUUACCUGCCAAUUUUUAUUGUGUAACCUUAUUCAUUCCACCGCUAGACAAAAUAGUCUUGUUUUAAGUUUUUGUAUACACUCACCAAUCACAUAUUCUUGCAACAGUCCACAAUUUAAACCAUUAACCAACCGCGUGUUACUGGCAUCAGAAUCAGAACCGAUAGUGUGCGUAUUUUUAAGAACAAAGUUAUAAUCAAAGUUUUACAAAAUAUUAUAUACAGUUACGUAGCAGUUUUAAAGUUGUCGAACUGAUAAUAAUCCAAACUCCAAGGCAAAUAAUUACUGUUUGACAAAAAAAAAAUUGUAACUCUGUGGAAAUGCAUAAAGCAAAUUUUGUUCGGUAGACGGUUCUAAGAACAAGCCGGAAAGUAAAAAAAAAAUACCGACAAACUUAUCAAAACGAGUAUAAAUUUAUAGUAAUGUUCAAAGGUGUUAAUAUAGCAUUAAUUCACAAAAAAUAAUGAGCCACUUGAAAGUAAGUUUAAAAAAAAAAUCUACAAAUUUAACCUUACAAAUAACAUAUGAUCAGACUACCUAAAUUGGGAUAUACCAAACCAGGAAAGCAAUAUUUUAUUGAUAAAAAAAACUAACUACAACUUAUUUAAUCUCAAAAAAACGGACAAAAGUUGACUAGCAUUUGCUACUUGCCGUUUACAGCCAUAACUAACGUUGCUUUAAUCCAACGAGGAUGUGCGAGAGAAAUAAACCAAAUAUUGAAGCACGGUGAGUGAAGUUGGUUGCAAAUAAUUAUUUUACCAGUUCUAAUAUUUACAUGCAGCGAAACAGUCUUCAUUUUAACCUAAGUAUUGCGUCGAAUGGUUUCCUUGAGAUCGGUUUAACAGUAGCUAACCGGUUUCAUCGAUGUACCGUGCACGAUUCUUCAAACAAAAAAUACUAUAUCAUUUUUUUUUUUAAUAUUCAAAAUAAUGAAACAAAGCAUUAGAUACGAAAUUUACGAUAACUGCUAUUCAUAACUAGAAUGAACUGAUUACUCUUGCUGUAAGUAAAUGUUCUAAACCGUACAAUAAUUCCCUGCUUAGAUUUGCAUCCCGUCGAAACCGAGCCAACAUCGACGGCGAUUUAGGGUGACCAACCUAGCAACAUUCCCUUAUACUCAAAACCAAUUAUACACAUUUAGACCAUACACGGUUGUGAAAUAUUUUAUAUCAUUAUUCCUAUUUAAUUUUUUGUUCUCCCUUAAGUUCAGUAAAAACUGUUACUACGAAAAAACCAAUUUGGUCAAUUUUUUACACACGUUAAUCGUUUACAUUACCUAACGGUCGAAACGUUUCGCAUUUUGAAAUGAAAUCUACUUAUAUAGAAAAUCAAAGAGAGCUUACAAGAAAAAAAAAAUUAUAAUGUAGAAGUAACAUGUUAUUUAUACAAUUUAGCGCAGUUUUACCGCUUACUAGCUUAAGUUGAAACGUUUUAAACGUCCGUUUUAAUCAUUCUCACACAUCCGCCGAAAACAAAACAGAAAAAGUCCCUUUGUAAUACUAUAGCUUGAUGCAAUCAACUAUCAUUUAACACUGUAGUCCAUUGAUUGUGUUACCGUCAAUCACGAAGGAGGAGUCCACUCUUGGUAGAUUAGUACAAACUAUCACUAAGGCUCGCUAUUUUUUCAGAAUUUCAAAUUUCAAGUGACCAGCCGAAACCGAUUCAUAAAGAUGUAGGGAGAAAAUGUCAGACAAUAUUUAUACCAUAGUUUAAAUUUUUGGCCAAAACGAAUUUUGUUCCGUAUCAGUCUAAUUUUAGAACGUUUUUAUAUAACAACAACAACAAAAAUAUAAAAUACCAAAAUUCAAGCCUUAUGAGAAUCGUUUUCGAGUAAAUAUGACCUACUUCCAAUUCGUAGUAAUACAUGUUCUUGAAUGUAUUUUCGGCACAUGUUUAUGUAUAUGUGUGCGAUAACUCUAACGCCGUUUACAGAGCUCUCUCUCCAAAAUGAAAAAUUAAAACGCAUAUACACUAAAAACGCAUACACUUACACAAUCAGUACACGAACACGCACUUUUCUCUGUCAUCUCUGUUCGAAUAGUAUACAAAAGUUAUAGAAACGUACACCUAAUAAAAUCGUCUUUGUCAAACUAAAACAGGAACAGAAAAAAAAUCGAUGGAUACCUAGUACCAUCAGUAGAAUUAUUAUUGGAAAAAAAAUAAAGUAAUGUCACAUAUCACAGAAAGAGCAAAAUUUCGGUAAACAUCUGAGAAGAAUUCCUAUACAUAAAACCUUUACCUACUCUAACACACUAGAGCUAGCAAACUUAAAUCGAACAUAAAAGAGUUAUUGAAGGAAGGCAAACCAACAUGAUAAUAAUUUUUGGCGUUGUACACACGUAGAAUUAAAAACAAAACACAAAAAAAAAGAUCUUUAAUAUUUAUUCAGCAACAAGAAAUCCUAUCCAUUCAACAUCAUCUCGUUAUUGAGAGUUAAUACAAAAAAACUACUACUAGUGUUAAUUUUUUGCACAAUAUUUACAACCAAAAAUGUAAACAUUACAAUUUUUAGAAGGAAUUACGAGAAAUAUUAAAACAGAACUAUUUUUUGAAACAAUUAUAAACAAAACGGUAAUAACGAGCAAGAGUUUUAAAUUUACAGUACGAUGUAUAGAUCAAUUAUAAUUAUUGCUAUUAAUAUUAUUACUAUUUAUUAGCAUUGUGUUGAAAGGAUUCCAGUUUCCAACACUGACAAUUAAUAAAAAAAGAAAAACGGGAAGAGAACAAACAGAGUACAGUUCACUCCAAACUACUAAUAUGUAUUUUAAAUAGUUUACCACGUAUAUUAACUGCAAACACUAAACGAUAAAAAAAGUAAAGAAAAUGCAAGCAAAAUCCCAGUUGUAGUUUACCCGACCGAGUGUAGUAUGUACGUAUAUUAUAGCAAGUCAACAGAGUGAGUGUAAUAAGUGAAAAGAAGAAGCAAACAAUAGGUGUAGAAUGUUGGUUGGGAUAUUGGUGUAUUUGAAUUGUCUAAUGAAAGCAUUUUCCGCAAGAUUCUAAAAACUUCCCCCUCCUAAAAUCUAGGUUUAACAGCACAACGAUCCCCUUCAUGUAUCUUCGGUGAUUGCUUGAAAACUUCACGUGCGGCCAGUAUUUUUCGUAAAUGGACUUUUCUGCAUAAGCGUGUACAUAUGUGUUGACAAAAUAAAUAGAUACCUCUGUAAAGGCACUUUUGAGCGGUCUAUAGAACUAGAAAAAAUCAUAAGAAUUCUCAUAACCGAAAAAAAAAAAUAAAAUUCUCUUUGAAUAGUCACCGGGCCUUUGUCUCUUCUCGGAAGCCAUUGUGACGCUAUUUGGCGCAUCCCAACCAACCAACCAACCGCUCGUGUCUGGUGGUUUAAAACUUCUUAUACCAAAUCGAUCUUACAGUAAAAGAAAAACAGCAGAUUAUUAUCUCAAAAGUGGGACGUACUUUAAGAAGUUACAGUCUAUUUUAGGCGCGAAAACUUUCUCACACUUAAAUCUGUUUUUAAUCAAAGCUUCUCGAUUUGAUCUCUAUCUAAAAUUGCAUGAAACGUCUUUUGAUUUGUAUGUUCGAAAAUCUUCACGUUAAACUAUUAGAACUACGAAAAUAUUAUCUGAUGAUCAUUGUACCGUAUACAAUAAGCGCCCCUUUUCUGUCAACUGCUUCUAGUGCGUUCCAACCUUAAAUAAAAUUAAAAAAAAAAUCACCUAAAAAUCGUAUGAUCGGUCGACCUUUACUUGAAUAUCAUCAGGGUAUAUUUUAGUUCAUACUAAUUGAACGUGAGUAAAGUUUCUGCAGGAUUUUGUAAUAGAGACAUACUGAAAUAUAUUGAAAUACAUUAAACAAAAAGAUAUGCUAAUAUAUACAACACAUAUUAUAUAUACAACGUACAUAUAUACAUUUUGCCGCUUAAUAGUAAUAUUUUCCAAAACCAGCAGAAUUAAAUCUAGACGAUAUAGUGGGUGACAAAAAUCGCAAAAAAAAUACAAUGACCGAUUCUCCAAAAGCAAAUCCGGCUAAAACAGAAGAAGAAGAAAAUUGAUAUGAUCGUUCAUUAUUAGUGAUGUACGUGGACGCGUAUGGUACACUGUUUUUAUUUUAUUGUAAACAAUUUGUGGUUCUUUUUUCUUAAGCAUAAAUAAAGUAUUCAACUUUAGAGAAAA